AUGUACGCAACUGUCUCGCAGGAUAUUCUCCAAUCAAUCCUCGUCGUCGAUGACACUGCCGAAGAAUGCUGGAAGCGCAUCGCCGCUAUGUUUCAUGAUGAUAACAAGUAUUCACAUGUUGUACAAUUAGAAAAUCAAUUCAGCAACACAAACCUGGAAGAUUUUCCAUCGACAAAAGCGUACUGCAACCGCCUCAAAACUCUAUCUGAUCAACUCGUCAACGUCGACUCUCCGGUCACUAACACACGACUGGUGCUUAAAAUGAUAUCCGGUCUCACUGAUGCAUACGCUGGUUUUGUCACCUAUAUACAGCAACACGACUUUCUCCCUACCUUCACCACAUCACGAUCACGGCUGGAACUCGAGGAAUCAACCAUGUUGCAGCGUGUCGCUCGCGAAUCACACGCCUCCUCUGUUUCAGCCGCUCUCAUGGCCAAAGUUCCGGCCACCGAACCUGCACCCAAAUCAUCAUCCUAUGCUUCAAACUCCUAA